GUGGUCAAAGAACGGAAGCCGGGAGGGAACCUGGGCGGAAGGGGACCACGGCCAGGCUUGUGUUCGGUCCCUUGGCAGGGCUGGGGUUCCGAUGUGGUCCCCAGAGCGGGAGGCCGAGGCCCCUGCCGGGGGAGACCCGGCAGGUCUUCUGCCCCCCGAGUGGGAGGAGGAUGAGGAGCGCAUGUCCUUCCUGUUCUCUGCCUUCAAAAGGAGUCGCGAGGUGAACAGCACCGACUGGGACAGCAAGAUGGGCUUCUGGGCGCCGCUGGUGCUGAGCCACAGCCGCCGCCAGGGGGUGGUGCGCCUGCGUCUGCGGGACUUGCAGGAGGCCUUUCAGCGCAAGGGCAGCGUCCCGCUGGGGCUGGCCACGGUGCUGCAGGAUCUGCUGCGUCGUGGAGAGCUGCAGCGGGAGUCAGACUUCAUGGCCAGUGUAGACAGCAGCUGGAUCUCCUGGGGGGUUGGAGUCUGCCUGCUGAAGCCCCUCAAGUGGACUCUUUCCAACGUGCUGGGCGAUAAUAAGGUUCCUGCCGAGGAGGUGCUUGUGGCUGUGGAGCUGCUUAAGGAAAAGGCUGAGGAGGUGUAUCGUCUGUAUCAGAACUCCCCUCUCUCCUCUCACCCUGUGGUGGCCCUGUCGGAGCUGAGCACCCUCUGUGCAGGCUCCUGUCCAGAUGAGAGGACCUUCUACUUGGUGUUGCUACAGCUACAGAAAGAGAAGAGGGUCACAGUCCUCGAGCAGAACGGGGAAAAGAUUGUGAAGUUUGCCCGGGGGCCACAUGCCAAGGUCUCUCCUGUCAACGACGUAGAUGUUGGAGUAUACCAGCUGAUGCAGAGUGAACAGCUGCUCUCACGCAAAGUGGAGUCCUUAUCCCAGGAAGCAGAGAGGUGUAAAGAAGAAGCCCGCCGGGCAUGCCGAGCAGGAAAGAAGCAGCUGGCACUAAGGUCUCUCAAGGCCAAACAGCGGACAGAGAAGCGCAUCGAGGCCCUGCAUGCCAAACUGGACACUGUGCAAGGCAUCCUGGACCGGAUCUAUGCCUCCCAGACAGAUCAGAUGGUGUUCAAUGCCUAUCAGGCUGGCGUAGGAGCCCUAAAACUCUCCAUGAAGGAUGUCACAGUGGAGAAGGCAGAGAGCCUCGUAGAUCAGAUCCAAGAGCUGUGUGACACCCAGGAUGAAGUUUCUCAGACUCUGGCUGGUGGGGUAACCAAUGGCUUAGAUUUUGACAGUGAGGAACUGGAGAAGGAAUUGGAUAUCCUUCUUCAGGAUACCACCAAAGAACCUUUGGAUCUGCCCGACAACCCCCAUGAGACGUUUUAUACCAACUGUGUGCCUGACCCUAGGAUCUCGGAUGCUGAACUUGAAGCUGAACUUGAGAAACUGUCCUUAUCGGAGGGAGAUUUGGUCCCAAGCAGUAAAUCUCCAAAAAGGCAAUUGGAACCGACUCUCUAAAGCCAUUGUAGGACCCUCAAGUGAAGGACCCUCAUAUAAAAGAGAGACCAGGCUUAUAUGUAUGUACAUAGUUAUUUAAAUGAAAAACUCAGAAUUUCUUGGGAAGAGGAGGAAGGAGAACCACUCUGAUUUAUCUGGAUGCUACCACUUACUACAGGACAGAUACAGUUUCUGGAAGUGUGCUUCAGAGGCUUGCUCCCAGCUGGUAUCAUGGACCUGCCUUCUCAUCUUUAUAGUGCCACGAUUUAUACCGUUCUGUGUUUGACCCGUCGUCUCAUAGCCUGCAGUUCUUGCCAUUGGCUCAGUUAGGUUUGUCUUCACCCACCAGCUUUGUUCCAGCCAAUGAAGGCGAAAGAGUUGCAGCUUUGCUAAAUCAAAAUCAGUCCUCUUCCCCCACCCCCACUGUUUCUUAGAGGGAUGUAUUGCGUCUGUGAGGUCAGUUAAACAACUCCUUCCAGUCCCACUCUACUUUCAUUGGUAAUGAGAAGAAUGAGAAUCAGACAGCUGCCACUUUGUGGAGAAACGUACAGUGUAAAAGAUUUUUCUCUAGGGUCACUUGUCAAAUUCACCAGGUGUUCAGAAAGAGGGGUCACCCCUGAGUGGCUCAGAGUCAUGACAUUUGGAGAGGGGACUCAUGUGGUUGGUGGAUGUUGCUGCCUCUUCCAUCUUAUGCAGAUCUCCUGACUGGAGAAAGGGUUAUUGGUGGACUUUUGAACUUGAGGGGGAGAAGCCCAGGUGACUGCAGGGCCCCAAGUGUCCAAACCCCGUAUGCUUUUUUAAAGAGGCGUAAUCUUUGCCUUGCCCCGUCAUGGAAUAAUUUAAACAUUAAUAUGUAUAUCAGAACAAGCCACACAACAACACACCUCCCCUUCUGGAGCCUGGCACACAGCAGGUUCUGUGUUUGCAUCUGAGAAGCAUUUGCUUUGUGCCCACUGCUCAGGGCACAGGACCUUAGCCAGGCCGUGCAAUAGGAGCAGAAGUCCGUGACCUGCUGCUGGGUCUGCUGCGCGCUUCCCGGUCCUGCUCGCCACCUGUCCCCACAUCUUCGAGCCCCAUCUUCCCACUUUCUUUGAUGAGUGGGGAAGAAUGGCCUAGGGGGACAGGUAGGAGAGGGUCUGAAUGCUGUGGCAACAGGGAGAGGAGGAGAUGACAGCCACACUGCCACUCUGCUGCCACAGUGCAAGUGCUGCCUGGAGCCCUUUCCCGGCCCCCUUGCUUGAGGUGGCGAGGAGCAGAGGGGAAGAAUUUGCUCCAGACCAGGAGCACGAAUCACUUUUCAACAAAUUUCUCUCCCAGUUGACCCUGGUAAACUGAAGUGUUGGGGGUGAAGAGAAACAAUCACUAUUUUUUCUUUUUUAUCUGGUAAAUAAUUGAAAAAACCCGA